AUGCAUAACGAUACGGAACGACCUGCGGGAUGCGAACUGGGAAGAGGAGCAAGAAUUUCUCUGUCAACAAUCUACACAUUCAUGUCGGUUUUCGGUACUGUUUUAAAUUUACUGGUAAUAUAUUUGGUUGUCACUUUCAAAAAACUCAGGACAGCCAGUAAUGCGUUUAUUGUGAAUGGCUGCGUCGCUGAUUUGUUGGUGUGCGCGUUUUGGAUGCCUCACGAGGCGGUGGCUAUAUUCACCGGCAGUACUCUCGUGGUAGGGUACCACGUUUUUAAAGAAGCCUUGUUGUUUCUCGGAAUCACCGUAUCGCUGUUUUCCCAUUCUUUAAUUGCAGUGAACAGAUAUGUCUUAAUCACUAAAACGCCCGCCACCUACCAGUCACUGUACCAAAAAAGACACACCGAAUGGAUGAUUGGUGGGUCGUGGCUCCUAUCUCUUGGAUGUCUCCUCUCGUGGCUCACUUCCUUUCGGUACCCAAAGGAAAGAUGCGUUGACACGCUGGAUGCAACAGCAUCAUUCGCUGGUGGGAUAUCCGUAAUGUUAAACCCUUUCGCGGGUGGAACGUUGGCUUUUACAGUUAUUGCACAAACGGUGAUUGUCUUAUAUUGCUACUUCAAAAUAUUCCGUAGAGUACAAAUUAGCGUGAAGCGUGUCAGUAUUUUAAAUUUUCAAAUAGUUAACAAUCUCCCCUAUUCGUUUCCGAGAAAGGACAAGCGUCUCGGAUUUUACGUCCUCGCAGUGUGCUUCAUAUUUUUUCUAACAACAGAACCUAUUUUCUGGGUUCUGGUUGCGGGACUUUUUGCACCGGUACCUGUGGCACUCUGGACCUCUGCGUGGAUCAUUUUCUGCACACUGUUUGUUUCCAAUCCGUUUCUUUAUACAUGGAAAAACGAAGAAUUCAGAAAAUCUCUCAGAUCUGUCAUGAGAGGAGACUUUUGGAGGGGAUCCACCGUGGGCGUCGAGCCAAUAACAAUCAAUACAAUCUCGCAUAUUUUUCCUCGGCAGAACAGUCGGAGAGCAUUCUUGGGCGAGAUGAACUGA